AUUAGGGUCAUCACUUUACCAAAUUACUGCUACAAACAACAAUUAUUAACCCCAAUUCAAGAAUAAACAAUUACAGUACCCAUUUUCAGGCUUCUUCUUCCCCGGUCUCUCAGACCCUUUUCUGGGUGGUCAAUAUAGCCUGAAGAAGAGAGAGAAAGAAGAGAAUUUUACUCUAAAAAUGGCGCAGCAAAAUAGUGGGAUACCCACGAUUGAAAUCUACUGGUCUUUGGUUGAUAAGGCUGAUAAGAAAUUUGCUAAGAUCAGGGACUUGCCCCUUUAUGAGCGCAACAGGUUUGACACUUAUUUUUGCAAAGUAUUCAAAGUAUAUACAGAGUUAUGGAAAUUUCAACAAGCAAAUCGGCAGAAGCUGGUAGAUGGUGGGCUAAAGAGAUGGGAGAUUGGUGAGAUUGCAUCUCGGAUUGGUCAGCUUUAUUUUGGACAGUAUACACGCACAAGUGACGCAAGCUAUUUGUCAGAAUCAUAUGUAUUCUACGAAGCUCUACUGACAAGGGAGUAUUUCAAGGAGGGCAUGUUUCAAGACAUUAAUCUUGCAAAUAAACAAUUGAGAUUUAUUGCAAGAUUCAUUACAGUAUGUCUAGUGCUUAACCGUCGACAUAUGGUUCAUCAGUUGGUUAAUCACUUAAAGAUUUUGCUUGAUGAAUGCAAACGGGCUUUUAAGGAAGCUAACUUCAGAGAAUGGAAGGUGGUGGUCCAAGAAGUAGCUAAAUUUCUAAAAGCUGACACCAAUUUUAUGAACAUCAGGCCUUUGAGAUACAGUCUUGUUCUUGAUCCUCAUCCAGACACUCUACCACAUGUUUCCUCAUAUAACCCUAAGAGAAAUCUGAAAUUACGGGAUGCAGUACUAAGUAGCUACCAUCCUAAUGAGGUUAAAUAUUCAGAGCUUACCCUUGACACGUACAGAAUGCUCCAGAGUCUAGAAUGGGAACCUUCUGGUGCAUUUUACCAUUCAGGAAGUGGUGCAGGUCAAGAUGGAACAACAAAAAAUAGUGGCAGUAACCACACACAAGAUAUUACUGAUCCAACCCUGCCUCGCAAUCCACGGAAAGCUGUCCUUUAUCGGCCUUCAGUUACACAUUUCAUUGCGAUUCUGGCAACAGCUUGCGAUGAGCUUCCUGCUGAUGGUGUUCUCUUCAUCUAUCUAUCAGGAAAAAGUGGGUCAAUUUUCUCACCUUCUUCUGGUGCGGGCAGUCGUCUUGGUCCUGAGAGCAGUGUCAAGAUUCUUCUCCAAUCUCAGACCGCCUUGCAUGCAACUUCCAUGACUGAUGGUCACAGCCCUUUAUGCGGCCAAAGUGAAGAAGCUUUAUCAAAUAGCCCCCUAGACUGCAUACAUAUUGGGUGCCGUGGAAAUGAAGGUUCCAGUUACAUUUACCCUUCAGACUUGCUUCCAUUUACAAGAAGGCCUCUCUUCAUUGUCAUUGACAGUGAGAGCAGUGGGUCAGUCAAGAUUAUAAGUGGAUCAGAAAAAGGAGAAUCAGCUGCUAUGCUUUUGUCUCCAAAGUCUUCACCCUCUACUUCCACUGGUGAAUGGUCUCGGCAUUUAAAUGGGAGCCUGUUUACCAUCUUUCUCACAGCUCCCAUCCAAGCUUUCUGCCUCCUGCUGGGAUCUUCUGGGUCUGAUAUUCAAACGGAUCUGUAUGAUACUGCUGACAAGCUUCUUUCUUCUUCUCUAAAUGACUGGGGGUUGACUUUAGCUACAUCAGGUUCUCUUGAUCCUGUUUGGUCCCAAGUUUUCUGCGAUCCAUUCCUCAGGCGACUCCUACUUAGAUUCAUAUUUUGCCGUGCCGUGCUUGCCCUCUAUGCUCCUUCACAUGAGAAGGGUGAAUUCAUUCCCCAGUGCCUGCCUUCUCUCCCUGAAUUUGUUCAUCCCUCAUCACAUGCAAUUCAAUCUACAAUUCUGCAAAUUGCAAAUGUGUUUGAUGCCAGAAGCAGUUUCAUCUUUUCUGAGGAUUUAAUACCUCAAGAAAACAGUCACAUUUCUCAAGAAUAAGGUAAUUAUGAAGCACUUUAAACUGCUCAUCUAGGUUAUAACAUGGUAACUAGAGCACCAUUCUUUAUGCUUAAGAUGCUGACAUCUUCUGCAACUGUCUCCUCUUGUCUGUCAUUACAAUUUAUGAAGCACUUCUUUUGGCCUUUGUCUUCUGUUCUGUUUCGUUCUGGUUUUGUCUAAGGUCAGAAUCGAGCCUUCUAUGUCAAGGACAAUGUUUGGUAAAUAAUAGGUCCAGAAUGGAUCGCCACAAUUCCCUUAGGAUGAUAAUUUGCUGCCCAAGGGGUCGAACUCAGGGAAUGACUCUAAACCAGUCUCAUACACUCAUUUGUACUUAGCUUGACAACCAGGUUAUUGCUUCAUUUAGCUCCUACUUAAAAUUCGUGUUGGCCGUUGGCAACUUUCAAAGUUCUAGUGCUUCGGUUUUAGGUAUUGAAAUGUAAAGCCUCAUUUUUUUAACAGUAUUGAUGAAUCUGCUCUUCUUUUUUUUUUUUCCUCCAAAACUUCUAUAUUUUUAGUCGCUUUAUUCAAAAUGUAUAUACUCCGUAUAAAUGAUUUUUUAUGGCGUGGUUUUCUUAAUGAUCUUCAUGAUAUUCUGGUA